GAAGCAGAUAAGGGCAGAGCGAGCCCUUUUGAACUUUUAUCAACAGUUUACUAAAGAACGGGUUCAAAGAAAGAAUACGCACUAAGAGUCUCGGUAAGCUUCUUUUCCCAAUUACUGGCAAAAUGACCAGUUAGGCAAAGCUAGAAUUCAAAAAAAAGUUGAACUCUUUCUUAGAAAAUUGAUUACUAUUCAUCGUUGAAUGAUAUUGUUUAGCUUUUCAAAUGAUAAGCUUAUUUCAAGCCAAAAGUAGCUUGCAUGCAGAUAUAAAAAGAAAGAUCUCCCAUUGCUCCAUUGGGGUGUAUCAAGGCAUUUUUUCAUAUGCUAUGAUUUUUGAGGAAACAUUUAUAAGGUAGUCAACAGUACGAACAUAUAGACGUUUGUGCGUAUAUGUAUCGGCAUGCAGCAUUCUCAUAGCCCAAGCUAGUAUCAAGGCGAUAAUAUGGUCUUCCAUCUUUAGUUGUCGGUAAUCUUGCCCUGCACUAUUUUUUAAGGUUAAAAAUGUCGACAAAAGUAUAUGAAAGCCUUAUAAAUGAAAAAGUGAUCCGAUAGUGGCUUCUGUAAAAUGCAACUUUAAUAUUUUGAGCCGUUUUUCUAAUACGUUUGUUGAAAGCUUAAACAGUUGGAUUUGGUUUAUUUAAAUGCAAGGAUUUUAAUGAGGAUAACAUCCAUUGCAUGCAUUCCACUUUAAAUAUUGCAUUCUUUUUUUUUCUCAUCUGCACAAGUCUGAAUAUUUCAUUAUAAAUACACAAUAGAUCAUAUUUUGCGCAUUCAAAGCGCUGGUAUUGCACACUUAAGUAUGAAAGUUUUUGCUACACGUACUGUGAGAAAUCGUGAGCCCCUUAUUUUAUCGCUUGGUAGUCGAUUUUUUUAUCACACCUAGAAAAUAUUCGACACUUAGAUAUACGCAUUAAGUACUUGUUGAUCUUUCAGUUAUAACAAUCAGCUGAUAAGACAAAACGGUGUGCUGGUGUAUAUACAUACAUAUAAGCAUACACAUAUAGUAUCACAGCCUCAGGUCGUCCCAUUUCAUUCUUCUAUGGAUUUUACCUAUCCUGAAAAGUACUUCAAAGCAGCCCUAUACUUCAAGAAUUGCAUAGGUGACCUGGAGAGCACUACAUUGCUUAAUGAUGAACAAAAAUUAAUGUUCUAUGCGUUGCAAAAGCAAGCUGAAGAAGGGCCCUGUACAGAGGCAGCACCAUCGUUUUGGAAUUACAAAGAGCUUUACAAACAUAGAGCAUGGCAUAAAUUGGGUAACAUUAGCAAAUUCGAAGCGAUGGUAUAUUUUGUCAGGCAACUAGAGGCGAUACUUGGCGGUCCAGUAAACUGGAAGGAAAAAAUGGAGGAAAUUCAGCCGCAGUCUACGGGUAUUACAACAUCGAAAUCAAUAACAGGCUCCUCCCCGGCCAAUUCAUUAUUGAAUCAGUUGAUACCUCUCUCAAAUUGGGAUAAGGACCUUUCUGAACAUGCUGAACCAACAGCCCGCAACAUUGCCUUUAUGGCUUCGCAAGUCAUGCACGCCAGACGCUUAUGCAAGCAGUUAAACGACAAACUCACCGAGACUUCUCAGGCCCAAAAAACGUUGAAGGAAACCCCCACGCUACUCUAUGAACGACGUUUGCCUGAACCUGAGACUCAGCAGUCGUCGUCUCAAAGGGGAUCCAAAUAUCAUAUGGUCCCUAACGGGGGAAUAACGCCACCCCUCACCUUGACUUCGACUAAUUGCUCGCAGCGACGCACCUUACCCCAAUUAGAUCACACAAAACAGUGCGCGUUAGUAUGGUUGAGUUGGAUAUGA